UACAAGGAGGAAGAAUUUGCCUUCAUUUUCUUUCUCCGAUUGCAUCACGUCACGCCCUCCCAGUUCUCACGUUCAAGUAUCCGUGAUCUUCCAGUAUUUUUUUGAUUACUUAUUGAAAUUCAAUUUCUUGAUUGCUUACAAUUUCUUAAUCAAACAAAUGGUGACGAGUGACGAUCCAAUUGUAUAGCGGUUAAUUAGAGAAUUUGAUGCAUGUGGGUUAGGGAAUUGUUUUUAGGAUGUCGAAUUUGUACGGGGAUUACAGCCAAAAGAUUGAUUACGUGUUCAAGGUGGUGUUGAUUGGGGACUCCGCAGUUGGCAAAACUCAACUUCUUGCACGCUUUUCAAGGAACGAAUUCAGCCUCGAUUCCAAGGCAACCAUUGGGGUUGAGUUUCAGACUAAAACACUCAUCAUUGAUAACAAGACCGUCAAAUCUCAGAUUUGGGAUACCGCUGGCCAAGAAAGGUACAGGGCAGUUACAAGUGCAUACUAUCGAGGUGCUGUAGGGGCAAUGUUAGUUUAUGACAUGACUAAGCGUCAAUCGUUUGACCACAUGGUAAGGUGGUUGGAAGAGUUGCGAGGUCAUGCUGACCAAAGUAUUGUCGUCAUGCUAAUUGGAAACAAAAGUGAUUUGGCAAGCCUUAGAGCAGUGCCAAUGGAAGAUGCAGAGGAGUUUGCACAAAGAGAGAAUUUAUUCUUUAUGGAGACAUCAGCACUUGAGUCCACUAAUGUUGAAACUUGCUUUUUGACCAUUCUAACUGAGAUAUAUCGGAUUCAUGCCAAGAAAUCACUCUCUGCGAAUGAUGAUGAUAAUGGGGGUUCAGGGCUUCUUAAGGGAAGCAGAAUAAUUGUUCCCAACCAAGAAAUUGAUAAUGGUGGAAAAAAAGGUUGUUGUUUUUCCUCCUAGCUUUUGUGUAUUUUAGCUCUUCUUGAUUGUUAGAUCUUCUUGGGAAUCGUAUUGCUGACUUACGUUUUGCCUAUUUACCUCAUGGGUGUUUGUAGAGAGUAAUUACUUUUCUUGAUGAUUAUCCCCUUAGUCACCAGCCAUGUUUAGGCUAUGUGUAUUUAAAUUUGUGAAUACAAUCAUACAAAUUCUCCCUU